AUGGCAGAAGGUGAAGUCCAACCAGAUCUACCCGAAUGUUUACGACUGUCGUCUGCAGAAGUGGUCAGUAUAUUGGCGCUACGCAUGGCAUCACUAAAUAAACCUAAUAAAAUUCCGUGCAAACAAACACGACCAAGGCAGACGUAUAUACAAGCUUCCACAUCGCCGAAAGUCGUCAUAUUUCUGAUGGAUGUCGGCGACGGAAUGAAGAAUAAGAUGGAGUUAGCCAAAAAAACUGUCAAACUUUUCCUCGAUACUCUCACAGAUGAGGAUUAUUUCAACGUUAUCUUUGUAGGUUUUCUACUCCAUUUCUCAUCGACAUUCAACUACGCAGAACUGUGUUUCAAUUUUUCACUUCUCCUGGCAAGUAACGAAAAUAAAAAUAGAGUGGUGACAUACAUUGACAACUACAAAUGGUUUAAAAGCAAGACAUCUUACGAUGACGGUGUAAAAGAAGCCCUCAAGCUUAUAUCCACAUUGAACAACAGCAUGUACAUGAACCACAUAUGCGAAAGAUCCCUCGUCAUGCUGACAUCCAUGCUAACCAGCAACAUCCAGACUCUCAUCUCAGAUAUUAACAGACAUCCAUUCUUCAAGGUUAAGCCGUUCAUCUAUUUGCUUGGCAAGGAUAAGAGUAGCAGAAACCUCGCUAGAGAUAUCGCUUGCAGCAAUGGAGGAUUCCAUGCUCGCAUAGACUCUGAUGAACAAAUAUUUGAACAACUAUUGAAUUUCAUAACGGUCCUCAGUAACUCAUCGAUAACGAGCAACCGAGAAAUUACAUGGACCAACAUAUAUGAAGACACUGCCGGCUUAGACCUUAUAUUCACCAUUGCCAAACCAGUACAAGUGAAUAAGAAAUUUAUUGGCGUAGUAGGUGUGGACGUUGCUAUCGUUGAGUUUGAGAGGCUGUUCAACUCCUUUCAACUCGGUGUCGACGCUUACGGAUUCAUAAUCACGGAGAGCGGCAACGUCGUCUACCAUCCAGAGUUGAAGGCCAAGAUAAAAGAAGCAAUGAUGAGAAGAGAAACAGCUUACAUGAACAUUAACUCUGUCGGUCUCUUCGAUAAUUUUAAACGAGUAAAUAUGAGACGAGGUAACUGUUUCUUCACGCCAAUCGAUCAUACGUCUUUCAGGCAAUACUGUAGCUUCGACCUGAAAGAGAAGAUGAAUUCUCGUUCUGAGACGUUGUACCAUCAGUUAAAAAUUGCUCAAACCAACUCUAAGAUAUACACGGAGAAAUGCAACGAGGAGUUAGUAAUGAACCUACUGUACGACAUUGAAGCGACCAGAGGGGCUUCCAACAGCUGGAUGAAAGAGAAUUGGGAUUCAAAACACGCUCAAAUUAGGAGUGAUGGGGUGGACAUGGUCUACUUCGGAACGAAGGGAGGACUCACUAGAUAUUUUGUCUUCAAUCAAACCAACCAAGAACUCUUCGAAGAUUAUUUAGAGCAGACGGCAGUUUCAACAUCACAGUCCCUUUACUACAAAAGAGCCAUCAAUGGAGGAGAAGAUGUUUUCACCUUUUCAUUGCCCUUCCUAAUUGAGAGCAGUAUGAACAAUGGAGAUUCCUCGUCAUCCUAUCCUCUGCAGUAUCAACCGCCAUCACAUUUGUACUCUGCUAACAUGGACGACAUAUUGAUUUCUGCCAGUGCGCCAGUGGUCAUCCAUAAUGACGUCAGCGAGGGUGUGGUCGGUGUGGUUGGCUUGCUGAUGAGGUAUUCCCAGUUCAGACAGAUCCUCAAUGAAACUUCAAUAUCCCUCUGUCGUCUUGGUGAACAUCAGCCGUGCGUGAAAACUUGUGAAUCCGAAUUGGGCUAUUUUCUUGGAGAACUUGAAGGAUGCGCGCCGCGUAUAUUGAAGGAUCUCAUCAUAAGAAACGAAGAGGAAUCCAACCUGGAACGAGACCCCAACCAAGAUGGCUACCACCACCAUCAUCAUCUGGCUAACCUUGGCGAUGCAACCAAAAACUCUGGUAUAUUCAACAAAAUUGAAGUUACGGACCACCAGGCAGUUUGUGAAAUAAUAAGAAAGUCAUCGUCAAAUUCAGAAGCUCUGAGCAACAACCUUUCGUUUACCGUCUUGUUGAACAAACUAGUAUGGAUACUAAGUGAAGUUUACAUCUUCAUGAGUCACAUUGGUUCUGUAGGAGCAUUUUUUGGAUUCAAACAAACGACGAACGAGACAACACCACCUCUACCAGUGACAGCGUUUGACGAGGUUCCGCCAGAUCUGGAAACUUACAGAGUCCUUAUGACUGAUCUCAUGAAGAUAUCAUCGGCCGAACAGGCUGGAAAGUGGAAGGACAAUUGUAUGCGGCAGUCCGGUUUUAAUGCAGACGUGGCACUGGCUUGCCUGCGGAGCAUUAAGAAGGCUUACGAACCGGGAAUUCUUGGAUUCAGACCAUGCAUCCAAUCAUAUACGAGGUACGAGCGCGAGAAAGUUAGAUUGCCCCAAAAUGGAAGGAUUAAUAAGAAGGAGAGAGACAUAUGCACCAAGCCAUACCUGAUAACGGAUGUACCGCACACAAAUCUCAUGUUACUAGCAACUGAUACGACGUGCAUGUGUGAAGAUACUCCCACUAUCAGUAGCAGACCUGUCGAAGUUGUCAGAGACCCGGCUGCAAUGGAAGGGACGUGCGACAAGUUGACCUUUGACCCGAACGUUCAGCAGCUGAGGCCAACGACAUCAUCAUCAGUACCACCCUCGCUAUCAUCAUCAACAUCAAAAUGCUCUGUGCGGGUACAGCAUGAAGAUGAUAUGAGCUGGAACCAAGACGAAACCAGCCAAUCAGAAACGGGGUCUCAUUUUUGCGGGGACGGUGUGUCCAUUCACGAUUUACUUGAAUGUUUAAUCGAGUAUGAACUAAGUUAA